GAAAUUCCGCGGCCUUCGGGAAUGCUACAUUGCUACCUCCGUACGCCCAUUGCGCACACAACAUGGCGGGAUUCGCGGCAGGAAUUGCGCACAAAAAUUACAUCGCCCUGGUUUGUACUUGCGGUAACACCCGAUCGCGAGCUAAUACCUUCAGCCUUCGCCGACCAAGACCUGGCCAGCCACAUGAACCAAGUCGGGCCAGACAAUUCCAUCGCUGGCUUUGGGAGGCGACGAAUCCCAGCCCGACUCCGAGAGAAGCCCAGUUGAUAUGUGAGAGCUCAAGAUUGGGGCAUUUCAUCGGCAUCGAUGAAAAGGGAAGCCGACGUCGCUAUCUGAAAGAACCGUUGCUGACAUCAGAGUCAUGCGAGGCCGAAUUGCCCAAAUCGAUAGCUACCGAGCCAUGUCUCUCGCUCAAGCUACCUCACAAUUCACCGUUGUCGACAGCAUUGCUGUGCCGUAUCUUGGUGGGCACAACCAGGAACUGCGGGAAGCCGGGCCCUUUGCCGUGGGGGCCAGAGGCCGGCUCCGGCGUAAAGCUGGGCGCCUUUCCCCGCCGAUCACAACCGUAUCUUGCGGGCAGGGCUGCAGGGUAAAUCGGCAAAAGAAGAGGGCCGCCUCGAGUAUGGAGUAGGUAUCCGUACAUUGUGCGAUGACGGACUCGCAGCAACCGUCGGCGCCGCCCUGCCCUGGGCCUUCGGACUCGCUGAGACCAGACGGCUCUUCACCCAAC